AUGGACGAAUUCGAAGUAUUCACACCUGUAGACAGUAGACUAGAUCGAGACUUCAAAAGCACAACGACACAUGAAAGCAGAACUGACGUGUCUAGUCUAAGUUUCAACUGUGAAUUCUCAAGUAAAUCAAGAGAAUCCGAUAAAGAUCAGCCAAUUAGCUCAUCUGAAAUAGAUGAUGGUGUAAUUGUGCCAAACGGAUUCAACAGCAUAUUAUUCCUGCCAAUCCUCGACGCACUUUACAGACCUAAUUCGCUAAAAAAAGAGCUGGUUGUGAAUAUCGAUUUGGGUAAGCUCUCAAGCGCUUUGUUAUCUGCAUGUCGUAUGGUUGAGAACCCGUUCUCACUGGUUGGAGAUUACGUUAAGGGUCUGUGUUUAUUACUGAUGACAAAAGUGAAGUACCUGUCGUCAGAUCUUUCUGCGUAUGCCAAGAGGCUCUGUGUUACUGAUUUGGCAGUGCAGCCGAAGGCGAAAGCGAUCAAUUACUAUGAAAGUGAUACUGAAUAUGAGCCAAAAUCAAAACCAAAACACCGAAGAAAACGCAAGAUUAAGGACACGGACAGUGUUUCAACAAUUCAAGACCUUAAUGAAAGAUAUCACAGUGAGUUGGUGCCGAUUGAAAGGCUUGAAAUGUUGAGGGUAAUGAACCUAGGUUUGUCAGGAACUGAUUUCUUUUUUCAACAUAACCAACUCAGCCCAGUAAUCAAAGAUUACAUUAAUGAAUUAAACCUAUCAAGUAAACUAAGUGAGUUCAACACUUAUUGUGACAGGGAUUGGCUUAGUUUCGACGAUUUGAGGAUGCUUUCAUCUCCAUUUAAACUUAACGCAUACUCUUUUACUCCAGAGAACGAUGACGCAACUGUGGUUGCCAGCAGUGACAUAUCAUUUGAUACGAGUUAUGACAUUGACUGGAGCCUAAAAAAUGACCCACUCAACUACAAUAAUAAGAACUAUGAGUACGACUUUCCGGGAUAUUUGGAAGAUGAUAAUGCCCAAAAAUUGUUGUCGAUUUCAGAUGACAAGUCCAGGCGCCGUAAAACUAAUACAAUGAAAUUGUUUGAUGUUAACCUUGUCAGAGCCGAGCCUAGAUAUGAUAGGAAACCAGCUAAGUACAAGUACAAAAGAAAUAGCGCAAAAAGAAGAUUAAGUACUGUUCUUUCAACAGAUUUAUCUAACAAGCUCGUCGACUUUGAUAAAUCGAAUAAAGCCAGUGAGUUGGAUAAGACUUUUAGAGAAAACGUGUCGGAGAGAGUUAACCCUAGGCAGAAAACUCUGGAUCAAAUGUUUGACCAGUACUUUAGUAAAGUUGUAGGGACUAAUCUCGGUUCUACGGUUACAAAAACAGUUAAUAAAACAUCUGAGUUGGAUCCUCAAACAGAUCAAAACCGAACUGUUCAUGUUAGGUCAGCACAUGAAGAAAACCAAUUUAGAACUAAACCAUCUGAUAACACCGGAUUGGAUUGUAAAACGACAACGCAAGAUGAAGUUGGAUCCGCUUCGUAUGUAAUAAUGCAAGAAACUAAUGACGGCUUUGGAACUUUGGAUAUUCUUAACUGGCUAAGGGAAACUUUUAGGAAAGUUGACUUUGAAUCAAUCACCUUUGAUAAGUUAACAGAGGGGUUGGAUGCCGGAAAAGCAUCACUUGUGUUUUUAAGAGUGCUAAUUCUGGCCAAUUCAAAUUUUAUCUCAGUAAUACAGGAGAAACAGAUCACCAUCUCCCCCUCGGUAUGUAUUAAUUAG